AGAAUCUUUUCCUGAGCCGAUAAAAAUUCUUACAAGCCCACCCAGCACACUACACGCCAGCGGAACCAAGCCAAGCACCAGGUCGUUGUUUAUAGCCUUAGACUUCCAAUCCCCUUCCCUUUCAUUCACUAGACUUAUAAUAUGCCUCUCGACCGUGGCCCAUCUCCUCUUCGUCCACCAAUCUUUGGCGGAAGUGCUUCUUAUCGUGUAGAAGCCAUGUCCCCCGUCGAUACAGAACUCCAUCCCGUCCUUCAUGCAGGGAGAGUCGCCGUCAUAACUGGUGCUGCAAGCGGUAUUGGCAGAGCCGCUGCACUAGAGUUGGCAAAACUGGGACUCAAGAUCGCGUUGGCGGACACCUCCCCAGAUCUCCUCUCAGACACAGGCAAGGCGGUCGCAAAGAUUGUCGGUGACGCGAACGUCCUCAUCAUCCCCACUGAUGUGUCCAAGCUUGAAGAUGUAGUGCGCUUGCGUGAUAAGGUCUACGAAGCGUGGGGCGAGGUCGCUGUUCUCCUUAACAAUGCCGGCAUAGGUCCGGAAAGCACCUCCUGGACAGGGCUCGAUAACUGGCGAAAGAUCUUUGACGUGAACGUCUUUGGGUAUGCUGUUGUCAUUUUGUCUUCGGCUUUGUUCGGUCGUCUGACUAUUCGCUGCAGAGUGGUCAACGUGCAGCAGACAUUUGUCCCCUCGAUGCUUCAUCAAGAGAACCCAGGGAUGGUCAUCAACACCGGGUCCAAGCAGGGUAUCACCAACCCUCCUGGAAAUGCCGGGUACAAUGCUUCUAAAGCGGCCGUCAAGAGUUUGACUGAAGGACUGGCACACGAGCUGCGCAACCAGUCUUCCAAGAAUCUCACGGCUCAUCUCUUCGUCCCUGGGUGGACCUUCACUGGCAUGACUGCUCGUAGUUCCGAGAAGCCCGCGGGUGCAUGGUCUGCUGAAGAGACAGUGUUAUACAUGCUCGACCGUGUACGCUCCGGUGACUUUUACAUUAUAUGCCCCGACAACGACACGCGAAAGGAAGUAGACCAAUUACGCAUUAUGUGGUCUGCGGCCGACGUCGCGGAAGGAAGGCCAGCGCUCAGCCGAUGGCACAAAAACUGGAAGGCGUUGUUUGAAGAAUACCUCAGGGACGGAUUGGCUGCCCUUGAAUAAGUUAUAAUGGUAAUUGUAUUGGGGGAGUUAGAAAGAGAAGUGUACUUGAGCAUGUCGUGAAAAUUUGUUUCUUUAUUUUCCCUUUGCUUAUUGUCGUGAGUAGUAGUCGCGCCCAACGAGCCAAUAGUAGUGUCUCGGACGAUUCAAUGAUAGAUUGCAGUGCAUUUUGCUACGAUAUUGACAGCUGCAUAUGGGGACAGUAUGGGACCUAGACUGAUGUGGUGCC